AUGAAAAGACCAACUCACAAUUUUGCUAAUGGGAGGACGGGGGCUAAGCUGCGGCGCGGGUCCGGCGGGGUCGGGGGCGCCGGGCGAGCCCGCAGGGACCGGAGGGACCCGGGGGCGGAGAGCGCGGGCUGGGGGACAGCGCCCCCCGGCGUGCUCCCCGGGAACUGCACCGGCGGAGACGGGCGUUCGCACUGCCCCCUCCUUGUCGUCCUUUUAGUGGAGUUCAUUCAUGAAAUCACACCGUCCUCAAAGCCUCACCCGCCCGUUGUGGGCAGGGUGACUCAUCACAGCAUUGAACUGUACUGGGAUCUGGACAAGAAAGCCAAACGGCAUGGACCUCAAGAGCAGUGGCUCAGGUUUUCAGUCGAGGAAGAAGACCCCAAAAUGCACACUUACGGUAUCAUUUAUACGGGAUAUGCUACAAAGCAUGUUGUGGAAGGUCUGGAACCACGAACCCUGUACAGAUUUCGACUGAAGGUCACCAGCCCCUCUGGAGAGCAUGAGUACAGCCCAGUGGUCUCGGUGUCUACGACCAGAGAACCCAUAAGCAGUGAGCACUUUCAUCGGGCUGUCAAUGUGAAUGAUGAAGAUUUGCUGGUGCGAAUACUUCAAGGAGGAAAUGUUAAGGUCGAUGUUCCCAAUAAGUUUGGCUUCACCGCCCUGAUGGUCGCUGCCCAGAAAGGAUAUACCAGGCUUGUGAAAAUCCUCCUCUCUAAUGGCACAGAUGUGAACCUGAAGAACGGGAGUGGCAAAGACAGUCUGAUGCUCGCGUGCUAUGCUGGGCACCUAGAUGUGGUGAAACAGCUCCGAAGACACGGCGCUUCUUGGGAGACCAGAGACCUGGGAGGCUGUACGGCUCUGCACUGGGCUGCGGACGGAGGCCACUGCCACGUGAUCGAGUGGAUGAUAAAGGACGGCUGUGAGGUGGACGCGGCAGACACGGGCUCGGGAUGGACCCCACUCAUGAGGGUGUCUGCGGUCUCGGGAAACCAGAGGGUCGCCUCUCUGCUGAUCGAAGCCGGGGCUGACGUGAACGUGAAGGAUAAAGGCGGAAAGACCCCUCUAAUGGUGGCCGUGUUGAAUAAUCACGAGGAGUUAGUCCAGUUGCUUCUUGACAAAGGGGCAGACGCAAGUGUAAGGAACGAGUUCGGCAAAGGUGUCCUAGAAAUGGCCAGAGUCUUUGACAGACAGAACGUGGUCUCCUUGUUAGAAGAAAGGAGCAAAAAGCAAACGGUGAAGAAGUCCGCUGUCUGCUGAGUGGGGUCCCCACCUCGUCUGCAAGCCCAGCUGCCAUGCCGUUCUGCUGGACCGUCCGGCCGGGAGGAGAUUCCGCGUCUUUGAGGCGAUGCAUGUGAUUAUUUAUUUAGUUGAAGAUUCAGAGUGACUUUUGUGAUGCGCAACCAUUUCCCACUUAGAAAUACAUCUUUUUACCUAAGCGCA